AUGGCUACAACUGGAACACCAAAUCGCGUGACACGCUCAAUGGUCGGAUCCACGCCUACCAAGGCCACCGUUAAAAAUGCGACUUCGCCGCACUCCGACAAGGUGAAGGGGGAAGAUAUGAAGCUGGCGCUGGACCAGGAAAUGUCUUCGCGGGCGCACGUGACGUCGCCGCAGCAUUCACCGUCCUCAAGGAAAACAUGCACAGGCAACAGCGCGAGGUCAAAUACUCGUUCACCUGCCACAGCUGCGAACAGACCUCCACUUAUCAAAGCCAUCGAUCAUCCGGUGCAUCGCGAAACUCUAGCCACGAGAGGAGAUUGCCUGGACUCACGGCAAUAUCCUCAAACAAGCACACUUCUUUGCUUCUCCCACACCAGCAGAUUCGACCAUAUCAUGGCUCACCUAAUCGCUAAUGUCAAUCCUCAGGUGCUGGAGUAUCUCUCUAAGAAAGGUUACAGUCGGACAGAAGCGAUGCUGCGAAAGGAGAGUCGCCACGCCACAUUCGAUGCGAAUCAAGAGCCACUCGACUUUGCCGACCGUACAAAAGGUCGACAGUGGCACGAAUCAUAUAUCCUUGUCAAGGGCUGGAUCGACGACAUUCUCGACAUCUACAAGCCCGAGCUGAGCAGAUUGUUAUGGCCGCUUUUCGUGCAAUGUUUUCUGCAAACAGUGACGGACUGUUUCACUAUAGAGGCGAAACGCUUCUUUGAGGAGUGCCAAAAACCAUUCGGAGAGGAGCACAGCGAUGAUCUGCGCGCUUUGAGCUCUAUCAACGAGCCUGAGCAUGUUCAGGAGAACGACAUUGCGCAGCUCUACCGUACCAACAAAUACCGCCUGACACUUAGCAAAAUGGGCUUUGCUACGUUGAUCGAAUUUCUGGAGGUCAAGGAGGCUGAAGGUGGCAAGGGCAUCAAUUAUCUCCUCAACAACCACAUUGAUAUCCACACGGUUGACCGUGCAGCGAUUGGUGGCGCGCGUGGCCUGCAGCGCUUGAUGGAGGAGAAGCACGGUGAGGAGCAAGCACCGGCAGAAGAUGAAGGCAUACCAGGUCAUCAUCCUGGAUCUGCAAACCUUUCAGCUGAUGCGACAGGGGCUCUCAACAGACUCGCGCUAGGCCCGAUGCCGAUGGAAGCCGAUCUUAUGGAAGACGUCAAAGCCGAGCUUGGUCACGAGGACAUCACAAAUCCGCCCCCACCUGGUCGAAGCACGUUGACAGAUACGUUUGAACAGCGCAUCAAGAGUGAGCCGGUAGAAGACACAGCGCCAUCGCGUGAGGCUAUACCAUAUCCACCAUCAACAGCGCGAGACGUGGCGAUGGAAGUGCAGAAGGUGAAGGAAAAUCGAGAUCGCUUCCGCAUCGAAGGCAAGACUGGUGGUGUCGGGCCUGGCGUAAGCGUCACGAUGUUCACGUUCCACAACACUUUCGACAGCGUCAACUGCAUCGAGUUCUCGGACGACAACACUCUUGCUGCUGUCGGCACAGCUGAGUCGUUUAUACGUGUCUGGUCACUCGACAAUCGGGCACUCACAUCACCGCACGAUCCACCGGGCUUUCAACAAUCUUCUUCACGGCGCCUGAUUGGUCACUCUGGGCCAGUCUAUGCGCUUUCCUUCUCACCCUCCGCCGCUGUCUCGGAAGCAGCCACAAAUGGUCACACAGACCGCACCACUACGUCCGAAUCGCAACCCCGCUAUAUGCUUUCCUGCUCCGCGGACACCACAAUCCGACUCUGGUCGCUCGACACAUGGACGAACCUCGUCGUCUACCGAUCACACAAUAGUCCAGUCUGGGACGUUCGCUUCUGCCCUCAUGGCCAUUACUUCGUCUCUGCAUCUGCGGAUCGCACAGCCCGAUUAUGGAGUACGCCACAAAUCGCACCACUGCGACUCCUUGUUGGCCACGAUUCAGAUGUGGAGACUAUUGCGUGGCAUCCCAACGGUGCGUACGUCGUCACCGGUGCAGGUGUGGGUGACAGAACAGUGAGGAUGUGGAGCGUCGCCAGCGGCGGGCAAGUCCGCAUCUUUACAGGUCAUACCGGCAACAUCACUGCCUUGGCCUGCGCGCCUGAUGGCCAUAUCAUCGCAAGCGCAGACGACAAAGGUGUCAUCGUCCUCUGGGAUAUCCGAACAGGUCGCCUCGUCAAACGCAUGCGCGGCCAUGGCGCAGGUGGGGUUUGGUCUCUCGACUGGUCUGUCGAAUCUACGGUCUUAGUAUCAGGCGGCGCAGACAACAGUGUACGCGUGUGGGACGUGCAGCCGAACAAGGAGACGAAGGAGAACAAGGUCAACGGCGAAACGGGAGGCGUGAAGGUCGAUGGCGUGACCGUGCACGGCACAGGUGCCGCGGCCGCUGCGGCGGCGGCUGCUGCCAAGACGGCGAAGGGGAAGAGCAGGGAGCAAGCCACACCUGAUAUGAUCAGCGAUUUCAAGACGAAGAAAAGUCCGGUCUACAAGGUCAAAUUUACGCAGAUGAAUCUUGUUGUGGCUGGUGGAACGUAUCUGCCUUAA